AUGUUCAGCAAGUUAAAGAGAUCAAAUAAGAAGGAAUCCAGUGUCCCUGCUGAGAAGCUGGUCAAGAUAGAAAAACCUAUUACGGAUUUACCGGAAUCUAUUCAUCCUCCCAAGGAGAAAAAAUUGACUGAUGAGCAGGAAAAAAUGUAUGUGGAGGUCUUAAACUAUUUCAGGGAUCCUGAACUUAAGAUUGCAUGUGAGGAAAAAUCAAAAGGUGACGCAGAAAAGGAUAAAGAACCACUAAAUGACUGUGAAAAGGCUUGGUUGAGUAGGGAGUGUAUCUUACGUUAUUUGAGAGCCACUAAGUGGGUGCAGAAGGAGGCCAUUCAAAGAAUUGAAGGUUCAAUUGCAUGGAGAAGAGGGUUUGGCAUUAGUCACAUGGGUGAAGAAAACGGUGAUGAAUUGAAAAGUGAUUAUGUCGCCAUUGAGAAUGAAACUGGUAAACAGGUGGUAUUAGGUUAUGAAAAUGAUGCUCGUCCAAUUUUGUAUUUGAAACCUGGUAGACAGAAUACGAAAACCUCACGUAGACAGGUUCAACAUUUGGUUUUCAUGCUAGAAAGGGUUAUCGAUUUUAUGCCAAUAGGACAAGAUUCUCUUGCACUUUUGAUAGAUUUUAAAGAUUAUUCGGACGUUCCUAAAGUACAAGGAAAUUCAAAGAUUCCACCAAUCGGUGUGGGUAAAGAAGUUCUGCACAUUCUACAGACUCAUUAUCCUGAAAGGUUGGGUAAAGCACUUUUGACUAAUAUCCCAUGGUUGGCAUGGACAUUUUUGAAGUUGAUUCAUCCAUUUAUCGAUCCAAUGACCCGUGAAAAAUUAGUUUUCGAUCAACCUUUCCCCAAUUACGUCCCUGUGGAUCAAUUGGAUAAAAAUUACGACGGUCACCUAGAUUUCACUUAUAAACAAGAAGUAUAUUGGCCAGCUCUAAUCAAGGAUGCUCAAGAUAAAAGAGAACACUAUUUGAAAAGAUUUCAAAAAUUCGGUAGUGUGAUCGGUCUAAGUGAAUAUGAUUUAAGAGGCACUGGUGACAAAUUGAUUUACCCACCCCCAAAAUAA